AUGUCAACACCGUCGACCGCUCCUCCGGCGCCUCCCCCCUUCUGGAGAGACUGCGUACAGAUCUACAAGAAGGCCGACGCCAACAACGGCGACUUCUGGAUGUUCAUGAACAAAGCCAACGAAGGGGAGAACACGCUGGUCAAGCACGGGACGUGCGCCUUCGGCGUGCACGUGCACAAGGGCCACGGGCCUUUGGGGAGUCUGGGGCUGGUCGGAUACCAGGAUAUUUUGGAGGUGUUGAUGGCGACCGAGAGGAUGGCUGCGGCGACUUGGGCGGCCAACGAUAACCGGUUGGAGAAGGGCAAGUUUGAGAGUUUGGAUGGGAAACAGAUCACUAGGAGGCUGAGAGAUGAUGCGAGGGUGCAGACCUUGGGGCUCGCAUUUACCACAACCACCGCCCUCCCUACAACCGACCUUGAACUCUCCUCUCUCAGCCCUCCUCCUCCUCCCAGUACUCUCACCACCACCAACAAUACUACCACGGACCUGAACAUCACCGAGUCCGCCCACCCCAUCCUCGCCACCCGCGGCGAGCAAUGGGAGUGCAAAGACUACAGCGAGACCAUCGUUGAAUCCUCCAGAGGCCUGGGCUCCCCCCGGUGGGGCGACUGCCUCAAAAUGUACAGCAACGUCGCCUAUAAUGGGGCGGGGUGGAGAUACCCCAACUGGAACGGCGGCGGGCACCAGGAACUCGCGCAUGAACUGACGUGCGCCUUUGGCGUGAGGGUUCUGGCGGGCCAGCAUCCGCAGGGGACCUGGGCCAAGGUCGGGGACCGCGACCUGAAGGAGAUCAUGCAGCGGAUCAGGGAGGUGAAGAAUGGCGGGAAAGAGAUCGGUGAGGAGGUUAGGUUGAAGGCAAGUGGGAAGAUGAUGUGUUAUAUCGCUUCCCCCCUAAUAAAGAAACUGUGGAGGGUUGAGUGGGACUUGUAUAAAUAUUGCCCGCAGUAUACGGGCUAUAUUUGCGGAUGA